AUGGAAGGCACUAUGUGCAAUCUGCCUCGCAUCCUGGAGCUUAAAAAGCGAUAUAAAUUCUACCUCUUCGUUGAUGAAGCUCACUCCAUCGGCGCGGUCGGGCCUCGUGGGCGGGGAGUCUGCGAUUUCUUCAAGGUCGAUCCCGCUGAGGUCGACAUUCUCAUGGGUACAUUUACCAAGUCUUUUGGUGCCAAUGGUGGGUAUAUUGCGGCAGACAAGACCCUCAUUAAGAAACUCCGUGCCACGAAUGCUGGACAAAUAUUCGGCGAGGCCCCUGCUCCUGCCGUCCUGGCACAGAUCUCCUCCUCUUUGCGACUGAUCGCCGAUGAGGAUCCUCUCCACCCGGGUCAGGGCCUGGAACGGGUACAGAGACUUGGGUUCAAUUCUCGAUAUUUGCGACUGGGCCUAAAAAGGCUUGGUUUUAUAGUUUACGGACAUGAUGAUUCGCCCAUUGUGCCGUUAAUGCUGUACAACCCAGCCAAGAUGCCAGCAUUCUCCCAUGAGAUGCUACGACGGAAGAUCUCUGUCGUGGUGGUGACCUAUCCAGCCACCCCACUGGAGCUAUCUCGGGCCCGCCUAUGUGUUUCUGCUGCUCACACAAAGGAUGAUCUUGACCACAUACUCCGAGUAUGUGACGAGGUCGGUGAUAUUCUGGGCUUAAAGUAUUCCACAGGCGUGGCUGGAGGAUUAAAAGAACCGCUGCCUCCGGGACUGCGUGUUAGAGAUGCCCGGAAACUGAUCAGUCCCCCACGCUGGAACGUAGAAGAGGUCAUUGAGCGAGGGUCUCGGGAUGUACAUAAUCCUCUCUAUUGA